AUGGGUGCACCACUAGCUCAAUCCAACCCGGCUCCACUUCAAGUACAAACUCACCAUGAAGAUAUGAUCCACGAUGCCCAGAUGGACUUCUACGGCAAAAGACUCGCGACAUGUUCAUCUGAUCGGACCGUCAAGGUAUUUGAUGUUGUCGACCCAUCGGCAGUCGAGCCAAAGUAUCAGCUCGUCGACACACUCCGAGGCCAUGACGGUCCCGUUUGGCAAGUCAGUUGGGCCCACCCGAAGUUUGGCUCGAUCUUGGCAUCAUGUUCGUAUGAUGGUAAGAUCUUCGUCUGGAGAGAAACUUCAGGAACUGGCUCGGUGAAUCAGCGCCAAACCGGUUGGGAAAAGAUCAAAGAACACACCCUACACUCUGCCUCAGUGAACUCGAUCUCUUGGGCUCCCCAUGAAUAUGGCCCGAUCCUAGCCUGUGCCAGUUCCGACGGAAAGGUUUCAGUUCUUACCUUCAAAGAUGACGGAACUUGGGAUGCACCUCUAUUUGUCGCGCAUUCUAUCGGUUGCAACGCGGUUUCAUGGGCCCCGCCGUACCUUCCAACCUCACUGAGCUCGCCAAGUGGAGCGCAGCAAGCUGCCCCAGAGCCUCAAAAGUUUGCUACUGGAGGGUGCGAUGGGCUUGUCAAAAUCUGGACGCUUAAUCCCUCCACGCAGAUCUGGGAGCUCUCCGAAACACUCGAGGGAGGGCAUACAGACUGGGUUAGAGACGUGGCUUACUCUCCCAGCAUCGGGCUCGCGCGGACGUAUCUGGCUUCCGCAGGUCAGGAUCGAGUUGUCAACGUCUGGACGCAAGAUGGGACAAAAGGAGCUUGGAAGCAACACACUCUUGAUCCCAGCGGCAAUGGUGGCAAGUUCAACGGCCCAGUCUGGAGGGUCAGUUGGAGUAUCGGAGGGAACGUACUAGCAGUAACGGCAGGCGACGGCAAAGUAACUUUAUGGAAGGAAAAUUUGAAAGGUCGCUGGGAAUGUGUAUCGGAAAUGCAACAGUAG